GCUGCUCUUAAUUGUUUCUUACUCCAUAUACAUAUUUAGAUAUUACGUGGCCCUCGAAUGACAAAACUUAGUUGGGAACAAGCUAUGAGGAUAGCGAUAAUUUUUGUUUUACUUUGGUCGUGCUUUUCUUAUUCCGGCAAGGUAGCUCCACUAAACUUGAUGAAUCGUCAAUUAAAGACUACCCAGCUCCAGAAAAUUUCGUAGCAACGAUCUCAGUCGUUUACCAAAUGGGAAGUAUAGAAAAGGGGAUUGUUUGCCAAGGUGUGGUCGCGUGUGCGCUUGUGUUUUGUGUCCCUGCCAUAGGCCCUAUUAGCUAGGGCCUAGGAGUAAAAGCCUAUACUUUAUUACUUUAUGUGCUAAAAAGUUAUCGAUACGACAAAAAAUUUUCCGCUCAUCAUAAGUUAAGCCCAAUUCAUUAGUUAAGCUCGGAAUCCCGAGGAUGAACGCAGGAACAAGUGGUUGCUGUUGAAAAAUGUAUGGCACCGGUGUGGUGCCCUAUUAUUAACGAAUCCUCGCAACUGCGAUGAGAGGUUAUAAUGCUAAAAAAGUAUAGGGUUUCUGUAAGUAUCAGGGAUAGAUCCACACUCUUUAUCUGUUAGAUUGUGAUUAUAGUCCAAUUUACAUCCUCCCAACUUACCGUCCGGUCAGUGUUGAGGGCCCUCAAGGAUGAGAUGUGAUCCUUUUUUUGCAAGGACUCAUAUUGAAGAAUUCAAAAUUCAAGUAUACGUUAUUCAUUGUAUUUUGUCUUUAUGUUCUUUACAUAAACUAGAUUCAUUGUAUAGGAAUUAUUUAUUUGCUCAUCUUAAUUUUAUGACCGUUGCAUGGUACUAUAAAACCCAUGCAUGCCUCACGUAUGAAAGAUAAGAGAUUGCAUUAUUAUCUCAUUCUUUAGGUUCUCUUUCCUUCUUUUAUUUUCUCUUUUAUUUCUUUAUAUUUUUCACAAUUAAUAUGGUAUCAGAGCAUGGAUCACCCACAUCCCCACCCCUCCACACAACUACCGCAGUUACCUCUGCAGCCACCCACAUCCCAUUACAUCAUCCCUCCACUCAUGACACAGAUAGCCCAUAUUUCAUCCACCCUUCCGACAGCACCGGUGCCGCCUUGGUUGGUUACCUGCUCACCGGCCUAGAUGAUUACAAUGCUUGGUCUCUCGCCAUGAUAAUGGCUUUACGUGGCCGAAAUAAAUUUUCUUUUGUUGAUGGCUCUCUUCCCAUGCCUUCUCAUGACGACCCCAACCACGACCGAUGGCACCGGGUUAACAAUUUGGUCAUGUCAUGGAUCCUCCACUCUAUUCAUGUCAACCUUGCUCACACCGUCCUUUAUGCUCCCGAUGCCGCCACAGUGUGGUCGGACCUCAAGGCUCGUUUCUCAACCUCUAGUGGACCUCAGAUUUAUGACCUUGAACGCCAAAUAUCUACCCUUAACCAAAAUGACGACACUAUUGCCGUUUAUCACAAUAAACUCCAACGCCUUUGGAGUGAACUCACUCUUGCUGAUCCACCGCCCAAGUGCACUUGUGCCGCACGCACUCAAUAUGCCUCUCAACUUGACCGCCGCCGUCUCAUGCAAUUUCUUAUGGGUCUUCGUGAUACAUUCGCGGCAUCGCGUAGCCAACUUUUACUCACCACUGUCCUCCCUCCAGUCCACCAAGCUUAUAAUUUACUUCUUCAAGAUGAGGCUCAACGUCUCCAGAGUCAGUCCUAUCACACUGACACCACCUCCGCUCUCCUAGCUACACCGGCCAGCCAAACCGGCAAAACCCAUAUCGCUCAUACAAAUUCUAUCUCACGCAACUACUCACGCCCUAACUCCAACCGGUCUCGUUGUACUCACUGUGGCAUCCCUGGACACACACAACAAGUGUGCUACCGGUUACAUGGAUAUCCACCCGGCCACAAAUAUUACAAGAAAGGAAAUACUCAUGGUGCUCCAACCGUCACCACCACCAAUCCCGCCCCUUCGACCUCCUCCGAUUCCAUUCAACAACUUCUCCGUCUUCUUCGGGAGGUAAAUGAACCAAAGGCCAAUCUUGCCGGACCUUUUGACGAAGGAGGAGAUUGGUCAGGGCCAUAGAAAACAUGGACUAUAUUUUCUAACGCUUCCACCCACACCGACCACGCUUUUUGCCGCAUCCCCCACCACUUGGCACUCCCGCCUUGGUCAUCCGUCCUCUAAUGUCUUUAAAUUAUUAUCUCCAAUUCUUGGUUGUUCAAAUAAAUUACAUUUGUG